ACCGGCGCCGUGCCCGGGCGGGCGGCUCCGGCUCCAGCUCCGGCUCCGGUAGCGGCGGAGCGAGGAGGCGGCCGGGGCAGUAAAACCUUUGCGGUUUUACUUAUCGGAGGCGUUCACCUUGGCGGGGGCGAGCGGGGCCGCAUGGAGCAGCCUCGCCAGCGGCCCCCGCCCCGCGCCAUGAACCUGGCGUAGCCGAGGGGAGCCCCGCACCGCCCGCCGCCCCCAUGGCGAAGGAGAGGAGCAGGAAAGCGCUGGUGGAGCUGCUCCAGCGGCCGGGCAACGCGGCGUGCGCCGACUGCGCCGCCCCGGACCCAGACUGGGCAUCCCAUAGCCUAGGGAUCUUCAUCUGCUUGAAUUGUUCAGGAAUCCAUCGCAAUAUUCCCCAAGUCAGCAAAGUGAAGUCAGUCCGUCUGGAUGACUGGGAUGAUGCUCAAGUGGAGUUUAUGGCCUCAAAUGGAAACAAUGUAGCAAAAGCAAAAUAUGAAUCUAAAAUGCCACCGUUUUAUUACAAGCCAACGUUUCUUGACUGUCAACUGCUGCGGGAACAGUGGAUCAGAGCCAAAUACGAACGAAAAGAGUUCAUUCACAGCGAGAAGCAGGAGCCUUAUUCUGCAGGGUACCGAGAAGGGUUUCUGUGGAAGAGAGGACGCGACAACGGGCAAUUCUUAAGCCGAAAAUUCGUGUUAUCGGAGCGGGAAGGUGCACUGAAGUACUUCAACAAAAAUGACGCAAAAGAACCCAAAGCAAUUAUGAAGAUCGAACAUCUAAAUGCAACUUUCCAGCCUGCAAAAAUUGGGAACCCACACGGACUGCAGAUCACUUACUUGAAGGACAAUAGCACAAGGAAUAUCUUUGUCUAUCAUGAAGAUGGCAAGGAAAUAGUGGAUUGGUUCAAUGCCAUCCGGGCAGCACGUUUUCAUUACUUACAAGUGGCAUUCCCUGGAGCCAGCGACGUUGACCUGGUGCCAAAGCUUUCUAGAAACUACCUGAAGGAAGGGUACAUGGAGAAAACGGGACCAAAGCAGACAGAGGGAUUCAAGAAGCGAUGGUUCACCAUGGAUGACCGACGGCUCAUGUAUUUCAAAGAUCCCCUGGAUGCCUUUGCUAGAGGGGAAGUUUUUAUUGGGAGCAAGGAAAACAGCUACAAGGUCCUGGAAGGGCUCCCGCCAUCCACACAGGGAAACCACUGGCAGCACGGGAUCACCAUCGUCACCCCAGAUCGGAAAUUCCUCUUCGCCUGCGAGACAGAGGACGACCAGCUGGAGUGGAUUACAACUUUUCAGAAAGUUAUAAGCCGGCCGAUGCUGCCUCAGGAAUACGCAGUGGAAGCCCAUUUCAAACAUAAACCUUAGGUGGGACUGGCUGGGCAGACCUGAGGAGUGAGCUUCUGUUUACAACACAACGUGGUUUUAUUUGAAAUGUUAAAAAUAAUGAAGAAUAAUAAUAACAGUAAUAAUAAUAAUAAUAAUACUUCCUUUUCCCCUCAUCAUUCACUUGAUCAUGUUGGAAACCAAGAAGGGCGGCAGCGAAAUGUCGGAGAAGAUGCAGAUCCAACCUGAAAUUGGGCUCUGUGGCCGCUCCAUGGGAUGUGCCUCUGGGACGGGUGGUCCCGUGACCCCGUCACCCCACACCCACUGAAAGGGGUGUCCCACCUGGCUUCAGCGGGAUGGUGAAGACUGUUGGUGGCACAUCUCGAGGGGAGAUGGGGCUUUUUUCCCCACGAGCUGGUCCCCAGGGGCUGGCGCUGAGCAUCCCCAGGUCUCUGCCAGCCCGUUCCGCAGGGGGCUGCGAGUCCCUGAGCGGUGACGUCCUCGUGGGAUGCGAAGCACCAACCUGGGAACAGCUGAAAUGGUGAUGUGUGAAAUGGCUGAGCCUCCCGACGACGUCGGGGUAAACGAUAAGUAAAUUACCUCACUGGGGGCAGUGGUGGUGACGUUGUACCCAGGCUAGGCUCAAAAGGCAUUUAGAAAUAGAGGAAAUUGGCCUCGUUACUGCUUAACGAAGGGCACGAAGGAGGGGUACCCAGUGGGGGGGGGGGGUGUCACUGAGCCAUGACAUAAGGCCAGGCAAGAAAAGCUUUUGGGGUUGGGGCCCAUGCUCUGCUCCCUGGGUCGUUCCUGUUUCAUGUUUUGGGGGGGGUUCACACCAUUUUGGGAGCAUGGUAUGGGUGGGGGGGGUUGAGCUUUAGGUGCAGUUCUGCUGACAGGCACCCCAAAAGCCUGGCCCAGCCCAGCCCUGGCUGGUGCAUCCCUCCAGCCGAUGGCAUGUUGCUUCUCCAGACUGGUGGUUGCAUCUUUUUUUCAAUAAUUAUAUCAAUUUUUUUUUAUUAUUUUUUUUUCCUUGCCAAAAAAAAAAAAAAAAAAAGCUGCUUGAAGUGACGUUUCAGCGCUGUGGUGAGCACUGUAAUUCCUGCGGUAGGGGCGGACGGGCUGGGACCUGCACACCAUGUGCUGGAUUUUUACCCCAAAAUGAAAUUUCUGGCAUCUGCUGAAGUACCGGCCCCAGACACUGACCCGUCCGACGCGUUUCUUACGUUGGUGUGUAUAAAUGAGAGCAUCUCAUCGGCUGUAUGCAUUUGUUCUGUCACUGGUAAGACAACUGUGGUACUAAAUGUCAUUCAAACCAAUAAAUUAUUAUGUCAGA